AUGAAUGAACUAGACUCUCCACCCACACUGGAAGAGCUCAGCAAGGCAAUCGACACAUUAGCCUGUGGCAAGGCUCCCGGGAACGAUGGCAACCCAUCAGAAAUCCUCAAAUGUGGGAAACCUGCACUGCUACACUCCCUGCAUGAUUUACUCUGCCUCUGCUGGGAACAUGGUCAUAUACCGCAAGACAUGAGAGACGCUAAAAUCGUCACCCUGUACAAAAACAAAGGUGAUCGCAGCGACUGCAACAACUACAGGGGUAUCUCUCUACUCAGUGUAGUCGGUAAAGCCUGCGCACGAGUCACACUAGCGCGUCUACAAACAUUGGCAUACCGUGUUUACUCGGAGUCACGGUGUGGUUUCAGAGCAGGACGAUCCACAGUGGACAUGAUAUUCUCACUACGACAACUGCACGAGAAGUGCCUAGAACAAUAG